AUGUGGCAAACAAAGAGGCACAGAGGUACUGGAAGAAGCUUGUGUUUCUCCCUAUGUAUUCUUUUGUGGUUCAUAGAAGGAAGAUUAUGUUGGGGGAGUGACAAACUUUCAGGGGACGAUUCUCUUUCAGGCAGUGAUACAAUAAUAUCUGAAAAGGGCACUUUUGAAAUGGGAUUUUUCUCCAAAAAAACAGGUACUUAUGAUAAUCUGUAUCUAGGCAUAUGGUACAAGGAUUUUGAAGAAAAAACCAUAGUUUGGAUAGCAAAUAGAAAAACGCCUCUGCCUAAUAUGCCUAGUUCGAGACUUGAAAUCUCUGGAAAUGGUAUAGUUUUGUUUGAUGAGGUUGAUAUCGCAUGGUCUUCAGGUAUGAGUUCAAUAUAUCCAGAUUCUGUUGAAGCAGUGCUUCUUGAUAGUGGAAAUUUAGUUGUAAGAGAUGUCUCGAAGCCGUCUGUCAUAUUCUGGCAGAGUUUUGAUCAUCCAACGGAUACAUGGCUACCGGAAGCAAAGCUCGGGUUCCAUAAGGUUAAUAACAAAAGGCAGCGUCUAACAUCGUGGAAAAAUGCAGAUGAUCCUUCCUCUGGUAUGUUCUCAGUGGGGGUAUCUCUAGAUGAGACUGGUGAAUACUCCUUGAAGUGGAAUAUGUCUGAUAAAUAUUGGGGGAGUGGUCCCUUUGUUGGAAAAAGAUUUGGUUCAGUACCAGAGUUGAGCUAUCGCACCAAUUUUAGCCUUGUAUCCAAUGAGAAUGAAACAUAUUACACUUAUACCAUUGUUGAUCCUCUUGUUCUAACAAUGUUUAGGAUAACGCCAUCUGGAAAGUUCCAGCAGCUCGAAUCUUUCAAAUCCCCGAGUAAAUGGACUGAAACCUUUGUUCAACCUAAAAACAAAAGUGAUAUUUUUGCAUCUUGUGGAGCAUAUGGCAUAUUCAGCGAGAACUCUUCAAAAACCUGCUCGUGUUUGAAAGGUUUUUCCCCAAUAUCUGCUGAAGCAACGCAUCGAAAUGAUUGGUUUGGUGGCUGUAAAAGACAAAACCGUCUGCAGUGUGAAAAUAGUACUUCAGGGAAAGGAAAAAUAGACGGGUAUUUGAACAUUUCAACCAUUAAAUUGCCUGCAAACUCUAAAGUAUAUCAUGCUCAGAAUGACAAACAAUGUAAAUCAGCCUGCACGCAGAAUUGCACCUGCACUGCUUAUGCAUUCAACGCUAGCGGGUGCUUCAUCUGGGAAGGAGAUUUAUAUGAUGUACGUCAACUUUCAAACGAUGACUACACUAAACAAGAUCUUUACCUGAAAGUUUCCAACUCCGAUCUUCCUGAUACUCCAGGAAAAAGAAAGACAUUGGAGGUGGUAGUGGCAGUGCUGGUUCCAUUGGUUGUACUUUUUUCAGGAGGCUUUAUAGGAUGCUUUUACACAAGGAAGAUCAAACAAAAAGGCCUUUUCUCCAUCAAGUCCGACGUGUUCAGUUUUGGAGUAUUGGUUCUUGAAAUUGUAAGUGGCAAGAAGAACACUGGUUUUUAUCGGAAAGACUCCCUCAAUCUUCUUGGACAUACAUGGGAAUUAUGGACUUCAAAUAGAGGAGUGAAACUAUUGGACCCUGCACUCGGUUCUCCAAAACCUUCAUUGUUAAGAUACAUUAACUUGGGACUUCUGUGUGUCCAAGAAAAUCCAAAUGAUCGACCUACAAUGUCAACUGUUAUUUCCAUGCUCACCAAUGAAGUUGCACCUUUGCCGGCACCCAAGCAGCCAGCAUUUGCUUUCAGUCGAAGUUUGAUGAACACGGCCUCGCCAUCUAAUAGUACCGGUGGAAGUUAUUCUGUUAAUGGCUUGACUGUUUCAAUGGUUGAACCCAGAUAA